CUCUUUUCAACAGUCCAGGUUUCCCCCAGAAGGAGCUAAAGUUAUCUAAAAGAGGAUAUAUAGAAUCCUCAACUCUCUUCUGUGGCACCUUCAUCCAACUCCUACACCAUGGCUGUGGAGAUUGUGCUGUCCUUGUUCCUCUCUGCUGGUCUGUGUGCGGGGCUGCCCACUGUCAUCUGGGCCCUCUACUCUCUGAGACGCCAUCAAGAUGCAGGGGGUCAUGUCUCAGCCUUCAUCAUCUUACUCAUCCUAAGUGACAUAGCGGAGCUGCUCAUGAGUCCUUUUGUGAACACAAACUUUCUGGAUGGAAAUCCAUGCUAUCGUUUUUUACCCUGCUGGGUGCUUUACAGUGUAUUUUCAGUGGCAAGGCUUGGGGGUUUGCACUUUCACCAGCUGGUGGUGCUAAAGGGGAUUCUGUCUCUUGUUUACCCAUCAUGCUCUGUGCAUUUCCUCUGGUGCUUAAUUUUUUCUGUCACCAUGUGGAUCUUUGUGAUCUGCUGUCACUUUUUCACCUUUGGCUACACCAUCAACCUCAUCUUCUGUGUGGUGCCAGUGAUCCUGGCCAUCAUAACAAGUGUGUUUACCAUCAGACUUUCUCACUCAUCUCCUAGCCCACUCAGACACAAGCGUCCAGGUUUCUCUGUGCUUGCAGUUGCCCUGUUCACCCUUGUAGUGCUCUACAUGCCGUGUUUGGUCCUGAGCUGUGUGACCUAUCCUGACCCUUUCUAUGACUCCCCAUGGGCCACUACAGUUGUGUCCAUCAUGAGCUUACGAGUGGUGACAGAACCUCUGCUGUGUGUGCUGGUGUGCAGGUGUAACCUGCGUUGUGUUGAACCGUGCGGAUCAACACUGCAUUCUCCCACGCAAACAGCAGCACCUCAAAUCGGAAGUCGAGUGUAUAUAGAGUAAUUGAGCUAUAAGCCCAGGCUGCUACUGUAGCUCUCUCACUAGCACAACUAUUAAGGCAUUGGGAGGGAGGUUUACACUGCAAUACAAUAGUACAUAAAAUGAUAUUAAUAUUUUGUUAUUGCUUAUUCAGAGAAAAGUUCAUGUUUUGACGCACCUAGGAGUCCAGAACUAGUGCCAGUUUUUGAUGUCCUUCUGAUGGUAUGAUUGGCUCUGACUGAAUUGUUUGAAUGUUUGAUUUUAUUCAGCUCUAGCUUAUUUGAAAGCGUUUUUUUCCAGGAAAUAUGUGUGAUACUAAGAAAACAAAUAUGUAUAUAUAUAUUUUAAUGUUAAUUCUACUUAAAUCUGCAGUACAGAAACUUUGAUUAAUUUAUUUGAAGACUUACCAAAGUUUCUCUGGU